GAAACCCUCGGCCGCCUGCUCGCCUCUGCCCGGAAUUCACCCUUUCUCCGCCGACGUCAGAAACCGAUCAGCCAAACACGACCUUGCCCCCUCUGCUGCAUCAACCCCGCUCUGCGCAGCAGCUCAACGCGAUCACUCCUCCUGCGGCACUAUAAAGCACAAAGGUGCAAGAAAUUUGAUAGGAAAGGGAUAAACUAUCAGUCUAUCAGAGUAAUGGGAAGUAACCAACUGGUGGCACAAAUCCCAACGAGAUUCGGCCAUGAACUCAGGGCUUCUCUCUGCCGCCGUCUUGUCAAAACAUAUGACCAGUACUCGUUCCCCAUUUAUUGAACCCAGACCCACCCCUGUCUCUACCGGUUUUGGCACCGAUACCCUCACUCGCCACCGCCGGCACAGUAUCGAGUCCGGAUGUGGAAUUGCUGGUACCGGUUCCGAACUCUAUCGUUUCCAAGUCUAUGCAAAAGUGGUUUGCCCCAAGUUUUAUUGGUGUAAAUAAAGUUGCAAGCAGUCAUGAAAUAUUCAAGUCCCAAAAAGCAUUGGAGUGCAGUCACAGUUUUUGCCAAGCGAUUUUACUCCUGGAAACGUAAUUUUGAAGUUCAUGUGGAUGCCCUCAGCAUCAAAACUGGGUUUGACCCAAGAACAUCUAGGUUCAACUUUCAGCUGAAGAAUUUAAUGAGAAGCAAUCGGAUUGCUGAGGCGGAAGAACUCUAUGAACAAAUGCCUUGCAAAAACACUUGCUCUGUAAAUAUGAUGAUAUCAGGGUAUGUUAAUUCUGGCAAUCUUUCUCGUGCUGGUGAGGUGUUUGAUAGCAUGUCUGAGCGAACGGAGGUGUCUUGGACAAUAAUGAUUGGAGCAUACUCGCGUCAUAAGCAGCCCAAAGAAGCUUUUACACUCUACUCUCGAAUGUGUAGAUCGGGGAUGAAUCCUGAUUAUAUCACCUUUGCUACACUUUUAUCUAGCUGUGAUGGCACAUCAACUGCAAUUGAAGUGCUUCAGAUUCAUGCGCAUAUCGUUAAGUUUGGAUUCAGUUCAAAUUCCAUGGUUUGCAAUAGCUUGGUGGAUUCGUACUGCAAGUGCCAACGCCUUGAUAUAGCCCUUCAACUCUUUGAAGAAAUGGCUGCUAAAGAUUCGGUGAGCUUUAAUGCAAUGAUAACAGGAUUCUCCAAACAGGGUGCGAAUGGAGAAGCAGUAAAGCUCUUUCAAGAAAUGCAAUACUUGGGUCUGAAGCCUUCAGAUUUCACUCUCGCGGCAGUGAUAGGCGCCGUUGUUGGAUUAGAUGAUGCUACAUUUGGGAGACAAGUUCAUGCACUUGCAAUUAAGACUAGCUAUGUGUGGAAUGUAUUUGUAGGGAAUGCCUUCCUUGACUUUUACUCCAAACAAAACCUUUUAGGUGACGCAAGUAAACUCUUUGAUGAAAUGCCUGAGUUGGAUGGGGUUUCUUAUAAUAUUAUAAUUACAGGGUUUGCAUGGUAUGGUCAGUAUGAGAAAGCAUUCCAUCUCUUCCACAAAUUAAAGAAUACUAUGUUUGAUCGAAGGCAUUUUCCUUUUGCAACCAUGCUGAGCAUUGCAGGAAUUACUCAGAAUUUACAAUGGGGAAGGCAACUCCAUGCACAAGCUAUAGUGACUAAAGCAGAUUCAGAGAUACAAGUAGGGAAUGCUCUAGUUGACAUGUAUGCAAAAUGUGACAGACUAGAGGAAACAAAUGCUAUUUUCACAUACCUGGCUUAUAGUUCUGUUUCAUGGACAGCAAUAAUCUCUGUAUAUGUUCAGAAGGGCCUUUUUGAGGAAGCCGUGACGUUGUUCAAGGAAAUGGCUAGAGAAAAUGUUCGUGGUGAUCAGGCUACUUUUGCAUGUGUAGUAAAAGCUUCGGCAAGCUUGGCUUCAGUUUCGCUUGGGAGGCAAUUACACUCAGAUAUCAUCAGACUAGGCUUGAUGUCAAAUGUUUUCUCAGGAAGUGCACUCCUGGACAUGUAUGCAAAAUGUGGGGCUAUAAAAGAUGCAAUUGAGAUUUUCAAGGAGAUGCCUGAUAGAAAUAUAGUGUCCUGGAAUGCAAUGCUUUCAGCUUAUGCUCAAAAUGGUGACGAUGAAGCUACCCUGAGGUCCUUUAAACUGAUGACUGAAUCUGGUCUUUAUCCUGACACAGUUAGUUUCCUCAGUGUCUUAACUGCGUGCAGUCAUCAUGGGCUUGUGGAAGCUGCACAAGAGUAUUUCAGUUCAAUGACCCAAUCAUAUAAUUUGGAACCAAAGAGAGAACACUAUACUACUAUGGUUGAUGUGUUGUGUAGAAACGGACGAUUCGAUGAAGCAGAGAAAUUAAUCUCUGAAAUGCCAUAUGUGCCGGAUGAGAUUCUCUGGUCAUCAGUUUUGAACGCAUGCAGAAUUCAUAAGAAUCAUGAACUUGCCAGAAAAGCUGGUGACCAACUAUUCAAUAUGAACAUGUCAAGUGAUGCUGCUGCUUAUGUUUAUGUCAAUAUGUCGAACAUCUAUGCAGAGGCUGGCCAAUGGAAUAAAGUAGCAAGAGUGAAAAAGGAUAUGAGGGAAAGGGGAAUUAAGAAAGUAGCAGCAUGUAGUUGGGUUGAAAUUGACCAUGUUGUUCAUAAAUUUACUGCAAAUGAUAUGACCCACCCACAAGUUGAGGCAAUUAGAAAGAAAAUUGACUUAUUGGGGAUGCAGAUGGAAAAGGAAGGAUACAACCCGAACACGAAGUGUGCCCUACACAAUGUAGAUGAAGGAGUUAAAUUAGAAUCACUCAAGUAUCAUAGUGAAAGAUUAGCUAUCGCGUUUGCUUUGAUUAGUACUCCAGAAGGGUCGCCUAUUGUAGUGAUGAAAAAUUUGCGAGCUUGUAUAGACUGUCAUGAUGCCAUCAAAAUAAUUUCAAAAAUUGUUGGGAGGGAGAUUAGUGUUCGAGAUUCAAGCAGAUUCCAUCAUUUUAAAAAUGGAUCAUGUACCUGUAGAGACUACUGGUGACAUAACUAUUUGGAAACAGUAUAAUAGUCAUUUUCUCUUGAGUGAGCAUAGUUAUCUGUUUCGGGAACCUUACCUCCACGGCUCCACCGAGAUGUGGAGGCGGAGCACUAAUCCUGUGUGAUUCAUGGGCUUUGAAUUGAAGGGCCUAACUAUUUGAAAGGUUCUAAUAUGCUUGAAUUGAAAGAGGUUGAAGUCAUUGAGCAAACAAGUUGCAGACAUUGAAAAGCGUUAGCCUUCAGGUGAAAAUGUGAAAUUGAAUGAGAGUAGCCAGAGGUAUCCAUGC